UUUUUAUAUAAACUGCAAUGUCUCUUGUUCGUAGAGGACAGCAUUGGGGUACCUUUGCACGUAUCUGGCAUAUUUUUGAUGCAGCUUGGCAAGAUCCAUUUAAAAGUGCACCUUUGAUAAAGUACUAUCUUAUGGGGUUAUACAAACCAAUAUAUCAUCCAUUAAAUGAUUGUGGUGAUCAUGUCAUAAUAAUAAACAGUAAAGAAAUUGCAUUAAGAGGAGAUGAAUGGCAAAAACGUGUAUAUUUUCAUCAUAAUACUUACCAUGGUGGUGCCACUUGGACACUUGCAUGGGAGUUACAUAGUAAAGAUCCCACUAUGAUUGUUAAAAAAGCAGUUUAUAGUUCAAUGACUGGAAAUCUGCAACGAAGACAAACUAUGCAAAGGUUACAUAUUUUUUCUGAUGAAAAUAUUCCUCAAGAUAUGUUAGAAAAUGUCUCUAAUCAAAUCAAACAGUUAAAACUUGUUCCAGUUAAAUUGUAUGAUAUUCCACAAGAAGAAAAAGACAAAAUUCCACGACUUAUAAAAUAUCCUAUUAAUUACCAACUCAAAUAA